AUGAGCCUUGCCAACUCCUCCCACGUCUUGGAAGACACGAUGUGUGAGGGGAACAGGACCACCAUGGCCAGCCCCCAGCUGAUGCCCUUGGUGGUGGUCUUGAGCAGUAUCUCCCUGGUCACGGUGGGCCUCAACCUGCUGGUGCUGUAUGCGGUCCGGAGCGAGCGGAAGCUGCAUACCGUGGGGAACCUGUACAUUGUCAGCCUCUCGGUAGCAGACCUCAUUGUGGGUGCGGUCGUCAUGCCUAUGAACAUCCUCUACCUCCUCAUGUCCAGGUGGUUGGGCCGUCCCCUCUGUCUCUUUUGGCUCUCCAUGGACUACGUGGCCAGUACUGCGUCCAUCUUUAGCGUCUUCAUCUUGUGUAUCGAUCGCUACCGCUCUGUCCAGCAGCCGCUCAGGUACUUGAGGUACCGUACCAAGACCCGAGCGUCAGCCACCAUUUUGGGAGCUUGGUUUCUCUCCUUCCUGUGGAUUAUUCCCAUCCUGGGCUGGCAUCACUUCAUGACCCAGACUUCAGGGCACCGGGAAGACAAGUGCGAGACAGACUUCUAUGAUGUCACUUGGUUCAAGAUCAUGACUGCCAUCAUCAACUUUUACCUGCCCACUUUACUUAUGCUCUGGUUCUAUGUCAAGAUCUACAAGGCCGUGCGGCGACACUGUCAGCACCGUGAGCUCAUCAACGGAUCCUUACCUUCAUUCAUGGAAAUUAAGCUGAAGGCGGAGAAUGCCAAGAUGGAUACCAAGAAACCGGGAAAGGAGUCUCCCUGGGAGGUUCUGAAAAGCCCGUCCAAAGAUGCCAGUGGUGGACCUGUUCUGAAGUCACCAUCCCCAGACCCCAAGGACAUGAAGUCUGCAGUCACCAUCAGCCAGGAGGAAGAUGGAGAAGCAGUCAGACUCCACUGCUUCCCAUUUAACAUUGGGCAGAUGCCAAUGGUGGCCGAGGGAGGUGGCGCAGCCUGCGAAGCUAACAACCAGAUCCAGAGCCAGCUUAAGAUGGAGGCACAGAGCCUGAACACGUGUCAGGUCGGCGAGAUGUCACCAGAUCGAACGUUGGUUGACAGACAGUCCUUCUCCCGGACCACAGACUCAGACACCAGCAUAGAGCCAGCACCAAGCAAGGGCAAAUCGAGAAGUGGGUCUACAACAGGCCUGGAUUACAUCAAGUUCACUUGGAGGCUCCGCUCACAUUCAAGACAGUAUGUGUCGGGGUUGCACAUGAGCCGUGAGCGGAAGGCAGCUAAACAACUGGGUUUUAUCAUGGCGGCCUUCAUCCUCUGCUGGAUUCCCUACUUCAUCUUCUUCAUGGUCAUCGCUUUCUGCAAGAGCUGCUGCAAUGAGCAGGUGCACAUGUUCACCAUCUGGCUGGGCUACAUCAAUUCCACGCUGAACCCCCUCAUCUACCCCUUGUGCAAUGAGAAUUUCAAGAAGACUUUCAAGAAAAUCCUUCAUAUUCGCUCUUAAGAGAGGCAUCGAGCGGAUGUAACAAAGUGGACCUAAAGUGUCCAAGGAAGGGAGGUAGAAAGCCUGUGCGCUGCCAGGCUCCUGCGCUUUCUGGGGUGGAAAUCUGAAGCCUUGGGGACUGGGUAGGAUGGAGGAAUUCUUAGGCACUGUUGGAAGAACAGCAGGUGGAAGCAGUCAGCAGAAAGGUUGCGCUUUGAGUAGAAAGCAGAUUAUUUGCAAGAAAAGGAGACCUGGGUGAGCUCUCCUGCCCCCCAGGAAACAUGGAAGCCUCAGACUCUCUUCAUAACUCAAGCUUUCAGACUGGAAUGAACUGGCAGCUGAAGGCACACAUGGUAGCGUUCCACUGGAGAAUGUGACAGUGCUCUUAAGCCUGUUGUCAGGGGUCACCUGGACAGAUGUGGCAGCUGUUCCACUGUGGCUGCCACUUUUCAAAACACCUCUCUUCUGAGCCUCUUUCACAGCUUUCUGGAAAAUCCUGCCUUACUCUUUCUUACUCAUGCAUGUCUUAGAGUUGGUAGGAAAUUAUACCACUUGCAUGUCCACUGUCUUCAACUUAAUUUUUUUUGUCUUAAAAAAAUGGCAACAAAAGCUGUCCUCAAAAAGAUAAAAAACAAUAGAAGUUGUUUUGAAUGGUUGCAUUUUAAAAGCAAAACAAAAGAAUGGGGGUGGGGCUUCAAGGGUGGACCAGGUUUACCUCAUUAAAG